CAUCGACAGUUCAACUAACUGUAACUCUUUCAGCAAGCCUACUUGAGCCACUAUCGCAAAAACCGAGUGUUAAUAAACAAGAUCAAAAUGUGAGUGAAGUGGCCGUGAAUGAAUCCUCGCAACCGUCCUUUUUUGAUCAGUCGUCUAUCAUUCCACAACUAUGCCCUCUCGUUCCCCCUAAAUUAGGUAAGUAGAAACAGCCCGUUAGCUUGCAGCAUAGAAGUGUUGCAGAUUAGUUUUUACGGAAAUAGUUAGUUGGACGAAUAUUUGCUUGGAGAAGAUAGACACCCUGCGAAAUGAGGAUGACGCGAAAUUGAUAGAAGCUGGAAUCGAGGCCGGUGGAAGAUAUCAACCAAAAGAUCGUCAAUCACGAUACAAAGUCGCUAUCAUGGUGCCAUACCGAGACAGGAAAGAUCACUUGACUGUUUAUUUGCGUUACCUGCAUCCUUUCUUGCAGCGGCAGCAACUCAACUAUGUCAUUAUUGUUGUUGAACAAUCCAACAGUUCGUCGUUUAACAGAGGAAUGUUAAUGAAUAUCGGUUUUAACGAAGCUCAGUUGAAAGAAAAUUUCCAAUGUUUCAUCUUUCACGAUGUCGAUUUCCUACCAGAGGAUGACAGUAAUCCCUACACCUGUCCGCAAGCCGGAAAACCCAGGCAGAUGUCAUUCUCCAUAGAUUACUGGGACAAUUUACAAACCGAUAGCUGCUAG